CCUUCCUUGCUUCUUCUCUGCUCCAAAGCCAAACUCUCUUUGGCUAAUUUUUUUACAUAAAACAAAAUGGCCAUUAAGCUCCCUAAUACGUUCAUUAAAGCCACCUCACUUCUCUCCUUAAUCCUCUAUUUCCUAAUAACAGCAACACUUAGUCCUACCUUGGUUUUAGCUGAUGAAGAAGUUGUCGACCAAGAUGAAGACCCGGAGUACUACAUUCUUGACGAAGCUCCCUCGAUACUAUCCAAUGUGACUAUUUCAUCCAAAACCAGGCUACUAGUUUCCCAGUACAAGAAGAUCAAGAAAGGAAUGAGAUGUCACGUCGCGAGUUACAAUAUUUGCAGUGGCGUAAAAGCGAACAACGGGACAAGCCUAUUGCAUUGCUGCAAGAAGCAUUGUCGAAAUAUCCUAGGAGAUAUGAAUAACUGUGGUCGAUGCGGCCACAAAUGCGGUUUCGGGCAACGUUGUUGUGGUGGAGUUUGCACUUACGUUAACUUUAACCCUAACCAUUGUGGGAAAUGCACGAGGAAAUGUGCAUCCGGGGUUAAAUGUGAGUACGGGUAUUGUGGGUAUGCUUGAUUUUAAAUAUUAAAGAA